AUGGGUCGCGGAAACAGGGGCAAACGAGGCGGCGGCCGUGGUGGUCGCGGAGGUCGCGGUGGUAGCCGUGGAGGAGGCCGCGAUGGGCACCGUCCCUACCAGACAUACCCCGAGGUCGUCAAGGAGAACAAGAAGCUCGAGACCUACUACAACACCCUCUUGAAGGACCUGCCCGAGGACGAGCAGACUGCCUUCUGGGCCGCUUACCGGAGGGAGCUUCCUAACAGUUUCCGCUUCGCUGGCUCCAAAGGACACGCCCUUGCCGUCAAGCGCCUCCUUCAGACGAGAUACAUCCCCGAGAUCACAAGCAUCACCCACGACGGUGUCAUUGUCGAAGCCCCCAAGGUUGUGCCUUGGUACCCCGACGACCUUGCCUGGAUGAUGACCACCCCCAAGAACGUCGUUCGCAAAUUCCCUCCCUUCGCCAAGUUCCAGCGCUUCUUGGUGUCCGAGACCAGUGUUGGCAACAUUAGCAGACAGGAGGUUGUCUCCAUGAUCCCCCCUCUGCUCAUGGACCUCAAGCCUGGCAUGACUGUGCUCGAUCUUUGCGCUGCUCCCGGUAGCAAGGCUGCUCAGCUUCUCGAGAUGAUUCACCGCGGCGAGGAGUCCCGUAUCCGCCAGGUCAUCAGCGGCUUUUCUGGCGACGCCAACGGUGCCGUCAAGUCCGAGGACAAGCAGGAGGACGAGGCCGCCAGACUCGAGGCCGACCCCAGCGACGACGGCAGAGCCACCGGCAUGCUCAUCGCCAACGAUGCCGAUUACAAGCGCAGCCACAUGCUUAUCCACCAGCUUAAACGUCUCUCAUCGCCCAACAUGAUCGUCACCAACCACGACGCCACCAUGUAUCCUGCCCUCAGAAUUCCCAACCCCGAGAACCCAACAAAGCCCAACUACCUCAAGUUUGACCGCAUUCUUGCCGAUGUCCCCUGCUCCGGUGACGGCACCCUUCGCAAGAAUGUCAAUCUCUGGAAGGACUGGACCCCCGGCAGCGCUUUGGGUCUCCAUCUUACCCAGGUCCGCAUUCUCGUCCGUGCCCUGCAGAUGCUCAAGCCAGGCGGUCGGGUCGUCUACUCGACCUGUUCCAUGAACCCCGUCGAGAACGAGUCCGUUGUUGCCGCUGCCAUUGAGAGAUGCGGCGGUCCCGACAAGAUUGAAAUCCUCGACUGCAGCAAUGAGCUUCCUGGUCUCCAGCGCAAGCCCGGCAUGAGGAAGUGGCAGAUCAUGGACAAGUCUGAGCGCUUGUGGAACACAUGGCAGGAGGUCGAGGAGUACACCAAGUCCACCGAGGAUGGUGUCACUCCCAGCCGUCUCGUCGAGUCCAUGUUCCCCCCUGCCGAGGGCAGCGACUGUGCUGACCUCCCUCUCGACCGCUGCAUGCGUGUCUAUCCCCACCAGCAGGAUACCGGUGGCUUCUUCAUCACUGCUCUCCACAAGAAGGCCGAGUUCAAGGCCAAGCCCGAGGAGAACAGAAAGCAGCCUCCUGUGGCCAGGACUAAUGGCCAGUCCAGCGGCGCUACCAAGAGGCCCCUGGAGGAGGAGGACGAGGAGAAGGAUGACUCCAGCGUCAAGAAGCUCAAGGUUGAAGAGGAGACCGUCCAGGGUGAGAUUACCCCAGUCGAGGAGCUCCCUGCUCCUGUUCCGGAACCCCUCCCUGAAGUCGCUGCUGAGGUCGGCGCGGCUGAGGAGCUCAAGGAGGCCGAGCCUGAGGUCACCAAGACUGAAGAAGCCCCCGAGGACGAAGUCAAGGCUGAGGAGCAGCCUUCCGAGUCGACCACCCCCGCUGUUGCCACUCCUGCCACUACUACUGAGGCGGUGCCCGAUCGCAAGGUCAGACAAGGCAUGGGCCCAUACGAGGAGCCGUUCAAGUACCUCUCUCCCGAUCACGAGGUCAUCAAGGACGUCACCAAGUUUUACAAGAUCUCAGAUCGCUUCCCCACCGAUCGGUACAUGGUGCGCAACGCCAUGGGCGAGCCCGCCAAGGCCAUCUACUACACCUCUGCCCUUGUCCGUGACAUUUUGUCUCUGAACGAAGGCCGCCAGGUCAAGUUUGUGCACGGUGGUGUGAAGAUGUUUGUCAAGCAGGAUGCCCCCUCGGCCGAGGUCUGCAGAUGGCGUAUUCAGUCGGAGGGCAUGCCCAUUCUUCACGGCUACAUCGGCGAGGAGAGAGUGGUCGUUCUCAAGAAGAAGGAAACGCUCAAGAAGCUCUUGAUCGAGAUGUUCCCCAAGAUUGCCGGGGACGAGUACAAGAAGCUGGAGGAGAUUGGCGAGAGGGUCCGGGAUAUCGGUCUGGGCUGCUGCGUUCUCAGAGUCGAGCCGGAAGACCCAACAGACGAGGACUUUAACGAGCACAUGGCUCUGCCGUUGUGGAAGAGCUUCCACAGCCUGAACCUGAUGCUGCCUAAGGAGGACAGGAGCGCGAUGCUGUUGCGGAUUUAUAAUGAUACCACGCCUAUUAUUAAUAUGGGGAUUAAGAAACAGUUGCCGGAGGAGGACCUCAAGGAGAAGAAGGGGGAGGUGGUGGAUGAGGAGAUGAAGGAUGCUGAGGAGGUCAAGCAGGAGGGGGAGGAGGAGAAGGAGGAGGUGAAGGCGGAGGACGUUGAGGUCCCCGAUGCGCCUGCUGCUGAGGAGGUGAAGGAGGAGGUCAAGGAGGCUACUGCUUAGAAGGUGGAGGUUUCCGAGGAUAACAAGCAGGAGGUGACCUCUGUGGACAUCAAGGAGGAGGGUGGAAGCAUCGUCGUUGCGACUGCGGUGGGUGUCAAGGAGGAGCGAAUUGAGGAGUGCAUUGACGUCAAGAUCAAGGAAGAGGAGGACAUCUGAUUGAGAGGAUUUGGUCAUGCAUCUGGCUAUAGAUGGCUAGCCGGCUUUGGUGUUUGCUUUUUUUUUCUUUUUUUCGGUGUUUUUAGUUGCUGUUAUAUGGGACUAUUUUUUUCCUUUUUAGUCUGGGUCAAAAUAGGGAACCAAAAUAAAUAGAGAUCUCUGAUUAAUUAUUUGUUCUAUUGAUGUUCUGGUCGUCUCUUUACGAGCAGAGGAGAUAGGCAACCGG